GGCGAAAUUAAUCGAUUGCGUUUUUAUUGAACAACAGUUUAUGAGUAUUUGCUCAUUAGUCACAAAUGAUGAAAGAUAGAAAGAUGAAAUUUACUUUACGAAAAACUUUUCCACUUGUAUGAUUGAAUGUUCCUUUAAUUCACUUUUUUGCCGUUUUAUGCUUACCUGUCGUAAGGUAAAAGAGACAGAAGUAUGUUUAAAACUGUUUUGCACAUCUCUGAUGUGAAGAUAUAUUAUCCACGCAAGAAGGCGUUAAUUCGAAAUUAAUUAUGGUGGACAACGUGAACUGGUAGAUUAAUUUGUCCUUGAUAAUAUCAGCUGGGUGGGUAUCAUUUAAAGGAGGUGUGUUAGUUCUAAAUUAAAUAUCUCGGACGCCAAGUGAUGUAGUGAAUCAAUUUUUUCGUCACAAUACCGUUAUAAUACGUAUAAGAAAAAAAAAAAAGAAACAAGUUGGAGAGUAGAAUGCGAUAAAGUGCGUUAGUCGUAAUUCAGUUAUGGUCGCCGUUUAAAAAAAACCCAAAAACGUUUGUGUGCUGGGUACGCGACCCGCCGAAUAUAACUUUCCCGCUUGUUUUAACUGCAAUUUUUUGAUUGCAUGGCUUUGCUAGCACGUACGCACUCUUUCAUCGAAAUUUUCUUUGAUGCAGCAUCGAAUAUCCUCCUUCCAUGCAACCUAUUGGUUGUGGAUUUUUUGGCAAGGACCAUGGACUUCAAAUAACCCCUUAAAAAGAAAUCCAGCACUCUCUCGUGUAACGUUCCAUUUGGUACUAAUCUUAAACUGUGCAAGAGAUCGAUAUGACUCGGUGUCCAAAAGAUUUUCAUAUUGUCCCCCUGCAAAUGGGGAUCGAAUUCCUUACCUUAGUAUUGUGUUGAUAAUGUUUCGAAUUUCGAAUUUAAGGGAUUGUGGAUAGAAAACCAUUUUCAUUAUGUCAAAGCAAAAGUAUUUCAAUUUCGAAUUGAAUCAAUAUUAAAAAUAUCUUUUUGAUUUUAAUUAAAGGCUUUUCUAUUCCCGUCAUAUCUCGACAAAUAAAUAGAAUGUCGAAAAAAAUUUGGAAGAAAUUGCGAGUUUUUUUUGGAAUUCCGAAAAAACACUUUAGUUUGCUUGCGGGUACAAUCGCUGUCACCAGCUUAUUAACAAUAUUUUUCUCUGGUUUUCGUUAUGAGGCGAAAAAAUGUUUUUCGAUUCAAGCGUUCCUGGUAACGAAAUGGGAACAAUGGUCUUCUCAUUCUGUCGGCUCUAGCGAGCACGAGCUCACGUCGCGGCAUAACUACAAUAUCAUCAAAUAUUUAAAACUUCGCCUGCACAGCGUUAAGGCAGAAUUGGAAUUAUCGCCACGUCAUAAGGACGAAUCAUUAAAUCUGGAAUAUAGAAUGAUAACACAUGAACUAUGGCUAUAUUCCAAGUACUUCAUUGCGGUUAUGGUGCUCAUCAUUUAUUCACGCAAUCCGUACGUUUAUUAUAAUACACAAACGGUGCGGGCGACAUUAACCAAUUAUCGUUUAGACACGUACGGCUUGGAAGAGGCGAAAAUAAUUGAGGAUUUAUAUACGUAUAUUAACAAUACUCUCAUACAACCGUUCAAUCAAGGUGUAGACUACGAUGAUAAGCGUAUAGAAGAGCCCGGUUGGCUACAUUUUCAAUUGGCCAAAUUAUUGGGUGUUGUACGUUUGCAACAAGUUCGCCAUGCUGUCAAAGCAAAUGGUAUGAAAUCCGUAUAUUUCGCUAAUGAGAAAUAUAUGCCUGACUGGGAGAAGAGUGAUAAAAAAUUUCAUUAUAUCGAUAAAUAUUGGCGUACAUAUGAGCCAUGGCAUGCUAAGAAGGAUGGCGGACUUAGCACCUGGCUGCUGGGUAGCACUCAUUAUGGCUCGUUAUACACAUAUUGGGACAAUCAGGGCUAUAUGGCUUUAUUGGCUCGUGAUGCAGUAAAUAGUGAAAAAGUUCUUAAAUAUCUAAAAGAACAUCACUGGUUAGAUAAUCGUACUGCAGCCCUAUUCAUCGAUUUCACUUUAUAUAAUGUGGAUUCGAAUGUUUUCACAAUUUGUUCUUUAAUAAUAGAGCAAACGCCGUUUUCUAGCGUAGUAUGGCAUAUGAAAUUGAAUUCGUCCGCCUUGCUCAGCAAUAUUGAUCAGUUCUCCUACUGGUGGCUGCUUCUGCUCUUCUUAUAUGCUUUAGAGCUAAUACAAUUUACAAAAGCGAUGAUUUUAAAAGCCUGGUAUAUACCUCGGUUUUUUGCUUCCUAUUGGAAUCGUGUCGAUGUUUCAAUUUUAAUCAUGAACUUUCUAAUAUUCAUUGUCUUGAGUUUACGUGACAGUGCUGUGGUCAAUUCUUUGAAGUACUUUGAGAAACUCAAAAAACUCGAAUAUGUAGAUUUUCGAGUACCUGUUUACUUGGACUACAUCGCGACACUUAUGGAAGGAUUUCUGGUAGCUUUAAUCACUAUACGCAUUUGGAAGGUUCUACAAUUUGCCCCCGUAUUCCGCUUAUUUACACACACUCUGUUUAAGGCCGCCGUUCCUUUGAUGUGCAGCAUAAUCGGUUUACAAAUCUUUCUAAUGGCUGUGAGUUUGGCUGCUCAGAUUAUCAACGGUUCGCAUAGUGAAAAUUUUGCCCGUUAUUUUACCAGCAUUACGUCAAUAAUAAGUUUCAGCUUUGGAUUCAGCUCUCGCACUUCCCCUAAAGAUUUAAGUCAUGGUGGCAGCGUUCUGGGUUUUAUACUUUAUAUUAUUCUCAUGUUCGUCAUUGCUAUAUUUCUGAUCAAUUUUUUUGUUACACUGAUAAUUGAAUACUUAAAGGAGGCCCGAAAAGAACGAGACCAACAGCAACCCGACCAAUUGACUUAUUGGGAAUUUAUUAAAGCCGAACUAAAACCAUUUAAACUUAAAGUAAAAAAAUUUAUAAAACAUUUUGCUCGGCGUAAAAAAAAACAAACUGUUGCCGAUGAAAUUGAAGAGCGAUUUGAUAAACUGCAAAUGCAACGCAUAAAAGCGUCGGAGAGGACCGCUCAUCUUAAAAGCAGAAUAGAAGAACAAAGUUCUGAUCAAAUUUAUGACUUGGAACGCAUUAAAGCUGAACGUAUACAAAAAAUGCAUCUCAUAUUUCAAACACAAAUUGAACUAAUCGGUUGUCUGUUGGAUGAACAACAGAAUGCCGAAGACGAAAGUGAUAGCGAAGAAGAAUCAACGGGAAAUUUGGAAUUGUCAAGCGAAAAUCAGGCAUUGGAAAAUCUUAACACCAAGUAGAGCUUUUAAAAUGAUCGACGGCACGGUAUAUACAUAUAUGCUGACAGGCAUGUGUUGUACGCUUCGUAUUAGUGAUGUUAAUAAACGAUUUGUAUUGGAGUUGAUGGGAACGAUAUCGACACAAUACACCACCAUCGCUCCCAAAUUGUUGAUGCACCGGGCAAUCACGAUCACACAAAGUCA